AUGUUUAUUAUGGUUUAUAUUAAAAAUGUCAUAGAAGUUGUGAAAAGGAGACCAUGUUUUUCGGGAAGCUUAAUUUUAUGUGUUAAAAGAAGUGUCUGUCUGUGGUAAACUAAAGAAGCAACAGCACAACAUUAUGGUUGGUCGUGGGGGUUGAUUUUUUUUUCUGUUCCUUUUACCCAUAAAAUUACUCAUAAAAUUGUCUGUAGUGGAGACAACCACAUAUAUAAUUGUUAUGGCCAUGGAAGGAUAGGAAGAGGAGGGUAGUUGUUAUUAUCAUAUAUCAUCCAUCCUAAUGUAUCCCAUAGCAUCAAUUUUAAAAGCUUCUCUUAUUUAACAUUGGAUUUUCUUGAUUAUUUGCAUUGUCCCUCUUUCUGAUUGAUAGAUAGAUAGAUUGAUAGUAAUUAGUAGCCAUGGAAGCUAAUAACAAUUCCCAGCAGCCUCUCUCGAUCGAAAGCUUCUCUUACAGCUGGUUACUGAACCUAAAGCAGCCAUCUUUUGAAGGUAGUAGUUCUUCACUCAGAGGCUCACUGGAUGCUUCAGAUUUCAUUGAAAUGGACCCGCGAUUGCCGGCUUCUAGAAGGUUCAAGAUUAGAAGAAGCUCUCAAGACUUCAAUUUUGCUUUUCCUACUUGUUCUGAUUCUCCACUCACACUUGUUCAUGCUGAUGAGCUUAUUUCCGGUGGGCUCCUCAUGCCUCUUUUCCUCAACCAACCCCAGUUGAGGAUGGAAGAAGAUCAAGAUCAACGAGUAGAAAAAGAAAAGGAAGAACAAGAACAAGUAAUGGAUUCCACACCCUCUAGAAACGCGAAACCGGCUGCUGCUAAGAUUCGUUGUUCUUCAUUGGGGAGGUGCAGAAGGAUGUCGAAACAGAUCUUCUGGAAGUAUUUUGGUUUUUUUAGGCCGUUUUGCCAGAAAUUACGAAACCAGAGAUCUGGGUCUAGAGUUGAAGCUGUUGAUCCGACAAUUCAGGUAUAUUCAAGCAUAACCUCUCCUAGGGAGAGUAGUGCCACUUACUCUGCUUCUGAUAAUUGGAGAAGAUCAUGUGAUUCUGAAAGCUCCAUUUAUGAGGCCGUCCUCCAUUGUAAAAGAUCCAUAGGUUCGCCGAUUUGAACUUAACACACUUCCUCUCCAAUGUUGAACAGAUUGAGAGGGUAUAAAAGUAAAUUGGUUGUGUGUUUUUUUAGAAGACAUGAAGAUCGAUGAGGAAGACAAUGUACAUAUUUUUGUGAGUCAUCAUUAUAAAAUUGAGUCAUCCUCUUCUGUUCUGUUCUUCUAUAUGAGUCAGUGUAUAUCUUUCCUUCUAAUCUUUCAUUGCUUGUUCUUCCA